UUUCAUUUUAUUGAAUACUCUUCACAAAGAAGAUUAUGCUCAGUUGUUGGUGCUAAAAGUCUGAUUAAAAAAGAGACUUUGCAGCUUUCUUUUGUAUUUAUAGAUGAUAUUCUGAUGUGUCAAGCCCAUUGCGUGACCUAACAUUUGAAGAUGGCAGGGUUAGAACCGCUCGGGAUACCUGCUGGUGACAACUUAAGGGAGGCUUUGACCAACUGCUCAGAUCCCUUAGGGGCCAUUGAGGAAUUCCAGCAAGAAAAUGGGGUAUUGUUACCGUCCCUGAAACCCGCUUUGCCAUUCCUGGAUCUGCAUGGAGUGAAACGCCUGGAGUUUCAUCAGUCUGUGCUUGAAGAGCUGAGGGAGAAAUUGAUUCAGAAAAUUAACGAGCUUGCAUCUUCAGAGGAAAAGGACAAUAUCCAGAAGUUGGAAACGAUGCUCGAGAAAAGUUUUUGUGUCAUAAAAGUUGCAUCUUUACGUCCUGUAGUUAUGUGCAUGCUGAAAAACUUACCAAAAAUCAAGGACAAUUACCUGAAAGAGAUUUUGGAGGAUAAGGAACUUUACGCAGAAUCUGCUACUGAAGUAAAGCGGCAGAUAUGGGAAGACAAUCAAGCAUUAUUUGGCGACGAAGUGUCACCACUUUUAUCCCAGUACAUACGAGAGAAAGAGAACACCCUGUUUAGCUUUGAAAAUGGGAAUUCAACAUUUUUUCUUCUUUCUCCGAAGGUACGACGCCAGGGUGAAGUUGUUCAGAAGCUUACGCACAUGAUCGGAAAAAGUGUGAAACUCUAUGACAUGGUUUUGCAGUUUUUGAGGACCCUGUUUCUUCGUACUCGGAACAUGCACUAUUGUACGCUACGUGCAGAGUUACUCAUGUCGCUUCAUGAUCAGGAAGUAAACGAUAUUUGCGCAGUGGAUCCCUGUCACAAAUUUACAUGGUGCGUUGAUGCGUGUAUAAGGGAGAAGUUUGUAGACUCGAAGCGUGCCAGAGAACUGCAAGGGUUUCUAGACGGAAUCAAAAGAGGCCAAGAAUUCGUCUUAGGGGACUUGUCCAUGAUAUUGUGUGACCCCUAUGCACUGGAUACAGUAGCCCUGUCUAUAAUGCGAGGCAUACAGCACUGUCUGAACAACGAUGCACUGCCGAGGGAUAGUGCUGACAUGCUACUGUUACUGAGGAUGCUGGGACUGGGGUUGGGUGCCUGGGACAUGAUCGACAACCAGGUCUUCAAGGAGCCUGUACUGGAGGGAGUAGUGGUCACCAAGUACCUGCCCACUCUAGCAGGAAUGGUGGUAGAUGACAUCACACGCCCCAUACUGAUGCGCCUGCCAGAGGAGCCCCAGCCGGUGUCACAGACACCGUCACAGCUGUUCCAUAUCUUCAUAAAGGAGAGCGAUGUGGCGGCCAUGACAGCGCUGUAUUACACCCUGCAGGUGUCCAAGGCCAAGGACAGGUUUGCAGUGUGUCAGAUCCUGCCGUCCCUCGUGCUGUGUCAGGCAGAGCGCCAGCUAGACGACACGUUCCUGCACACUCUCGUGUCACACCUUGUAACCAUGUGCGAUGAGUUCACAAAUGAGGAUUUCUGCACAGUCGUCUUUGACCAGUUCUUUAAACAUGGAAUGUCGAAGCACAACGUCAUCCGUCACAUGAUACGACUCAUGCAUUUCAUACAUCACAGACUGCCCCACGAUCGACAGGAACAAAUCCUCGAGGCAUUAAAACCUAACCAGGGACACAACGAGGCCAUCCACACAGCGUACGACUCCCUCACGGCCAAGAUUGCCUCCUACCAGCCCAGCCCAGCUGCAGAGCCCGAGACCCUUGACUCCCCACUCAUGAGUGUGCCAGCACCUACCCCUGCCCCAGCAGCGAUGAUGAUGUAGAUGUGAGACAGGUCCACAGCAGGGUCAAGAUUCGACUGGGAUUUUAAUUAUUAAUAUUAUGCUCGAAGCUCUGGAUACUAUCCUCUCAUGAAUGUUUUUGCUCACGCCCACUCUGACCAUGAUGAUGAAAUAAACGUCAGAGAGAUUCAGAGAAGAUUUACAAAGGCUCAAGAUUCAUUUGAGGUUGUUCAUGUCUUAUCUAAAAUGAUUUUAGCACUAUCGACUCCUGGCACCUGAAUGAUGCAGGAUUGCAUGACCCCGGCAAAACGAUGAUAAUUUAGAACACAGGUAGAUUCAAUAACAUGGCCAAGAAUUAUAGUAUAGGUUAAUCUCUGAUCUAAUCGUAUAUUAUGUUUGAAACUCUUGAAACUUCCCUCUCAUGAGUGUUCCUGCGCAUGCAUGCUCCGACCAUGAUGGUGACGUAGACAAUGAAGAGUUUCACAAUGGGUUUACUGGAGAACCGAGAUUCAUCUUGGUUCUUAAUCUCUAAUCUAACCUGUGUUUGCUAGGACUCACUGACUCGGAAGAGCGAGGAUUUGCACAGGAGGACUUCAGAUUCCAGCCGUGGCUGCGGCAACAUAACUUGUGUAAAUGUCCUUGAAUUCACCCGAGCCCAUGGAGAUAUCGUGUUUGCUUGGAAUUGACUGAAGCCAAAGACCUGGGUCCGUAUUCAUAGAGCAAGCAAGAAAAUAUGCACUUAAAUUGUAUUUAAUUAAAAAAAAAUCUAUGUGAAAUGUGACGCUUUCUGUUUACAAAACGAUAAAGCAGAAAACGAUACUAAAGUUAUUACUUGGGCAUUAUUUUCUAGUUAUGUAAGAAAUGGUACUUGUUUUUCAUUGUUAGUUUUCGAAUAACAAGUUUGUUUAAGAAGUUGAGAUGCGUAUCAUACACAUAUAAUUUCGAUUUGACAUGGAUUUUAACUAAAAACUAGUAUUUAUCCUCGCUUAAAGCUUAAAUGCUUUGUACUAUUUCUUGCGAUGCUCCGUACAUAUUUGUCCAAAACACCUGUUCCUUUAAUAAGUUAUACUCCUCAUUUUCACGUCCCAUACACAACCUAGCUGUAGAAAAUAGCACAACGAAAAAAAAAAACAGGCAAAAAGAAACACGAAUGUAGAUCACUCAUGAAAUGUCAACCACAUUUAAACAACAACAAAAUAUUGACGUAUCGUUUACAAAAGUAUGGAAAUCAAAUUAGGUUAACAAAGAAACACAGUUAAACGAUCAUAAAUUUGGGCGAGUUGUCCAAGAGAUUUUGUGCGAGUUUAUUUUUUUGGACGAGUCGUCUUAAGGGGCCUUUUCACAGAUUAGUGCAUGUAUUGAAGUUUGCCAUUAAAUUCGUUAUAUUGAUAAAUGUAAACAAUGGAUCUUAAAUAGUUAUAGUUGAAAUGAACAAACGUUUUCAACUAAUACCACAAUCGUGAAAGACUAAUUGUAUAGUCUGUAAAAUGUUGAAAAGAGGUUUUCAUAACAACCCAAAAAGUGAAAUCCAAACGAAGCAAUAAAACAAAACUGUAACAUUUAUAACUUGGUGUACGGUAUAUUUUGUAUUAAAUGCCAAAAAAUGGAAUACGUCGGAGAGACAAGCAGAUCAUUAAAGGAACGUGCCAAAGAACACGAGGCUGACAUGAGGCUACGAAGAGAUAAACCAAUCUCAGAACAUUUCAAUGGUGCUGGCCACAUAGUGCAGGAUAUGGGUGUAUCAGUGUUAACACAAAUAAGAGACAGUUCCCGUUAUUACAGACUUAUUAAAGAAUUGGAAUUCAUAAAGAAGUUUCAAACGCAAUUACCAAAUGGACUAAAUACAAAAAAUCAACUUGAUGUCCUGCUACGGGAAACUAUCUUGUAAAAAAUAUAUUUGAAAAACAUUUUAUAUUAAUCAUCAACAUAAAUGAAUGUAAAAAUAA